AAGCGAAACGCUUGCACCGGUCCGUUAUGUGGAUGUCUGCGUGAGACAAACCCAUGAUUCACCCCGCGCAAUCGGAGGAUUCGGCUGGGGGAGCUCUGCUGUGCUGUCGAAUGUGCCACCCGCGCUACAGCAGCAGACCCACUGUCUAGAAGGCAGACUUCUCGUCCUCGGCGCGUGUUACGCGGUAGCCAUUCCUCAGAGAUUCCGUGCUUCCACCAUCACAGCCUCCGUCUCGGUCUUCGCUUUGCCUGGUUAGCGUUUUCCGUUUCUUAAGCCCUCGCAUUUCUUGUCAAGGCACGGCGAAAGGGAAGCACGGAUACUGAAUCCCCUACCUCAGACCUCGAGAGUACCGGCAUCAUGCAACUAGGAGGAGCCGCUCCACGUUAUCAUCAUCUGACCAACAGCCAUAUCCUCGCUAUAAGCCCAACAGCUGCAGAGCUCUCCGCCUCCUUCCCGUCGCAACCAUUCAUAAAUGCCUCAUCCUUUCCGCCGCAUAUCGGGAUUUCACAUAAUAGCUGCAUAACGCGCUUCAGGCGACAGCCACGCGACGGCAAGCGACUGCCGGAAAACCUUCUGCGACAAUCUAACGACCUCAGGCAGCAUUCGCUAGAAGAUCGUCGUCGAUUCGCUCUAAGCAGCCAGCGCCUUCUUUCGGCUCUUCGUCGUUCUCGCAGCUCUCCUGACGCCGUUUCAGCAGCCGCUGCUUCCUUCGCUGAGACAGACGCUGGCUUUAAGGAGGGUUCCUCCCCAGUGAAGUUCGCGGGAAGGCCCCUCUUGAGAGAUGCCAUCAUUGUGGGCGGCGGGAUUGCCGGUCUGACGGCAGCCAUUGCUCUUCGCCAGCAGGGAGUUGACGUCCAGGUGUAUGAGAGGGCGGAAGGGCGCGAUCCAGAGAGGGUGGGGCGCAUGGUGGGCGUUCAGCCCAACGGCCUGGCGGCGCUGGCAUGCAUCGAUCGAGCCAUUGCUGACGCUCUGUCGUCUCGAGGGGCGCAUGUGCCCAGCCUGUGCCUGGUCUCGCCGUCAGGCGACCUGCUGCUAGAGUCCACCGCCCCUGCAGACGGCCGCCUCUCCAUCCGCUGGGGGCUCGUUCUGGACGUCCUCUUGAGCUUCCUGCCAGAUAGCUGCGUGCACCAGGGGUGCGAAUUCACAGGGCAGGUCCAGCAGGCCAACGGGCGGGUGAUGGCGCAUUUCACUCGCCACGGGCAGCCUUUCACUGCAGAGGCGGAUCUGCUGAUUGGCACGGACGGGGUGCGGUCGGCGGUGCGGCAGCAUGUGCUGCGGGAGGGGGAGGAGAGGGAGAGGUGGGGCGCACCCAGGGAUAGCGGCCGCACCAUGUGGCUGGGUGCUGCCCCCAGGGAAACUGUGGCCUUCCAGGUCAGUCGGUUCUGAGGUGCCUCAAGAGUGGAGCUUUGAGGCGCCUCAUUAUUACAGCCGGAGGAGGAGACCUUUCCUUCCUCUCAAGAGGGACCACCUGAGAGUGGGCGGCACGCAGGAAUAACGGCCGCACCAUGUGGCUGGGCGCUGCCCCCAGGGGAACUGUGACCUUCCAGGUGUUAUCCUGACCCGUAUGCACAGCAAGGUUGCAUGCAUUAUUUUCCUAUGCGCAAUGUUACAUGCAUGAUUUGCCUAUGCACAGAAUGUUACAUGCGUGAUUUGCCUAUGCACAGA